ACGUCUUGACCAAUCAGAAGAACGAUGGUCGGUAUCGCGCGGAAUUCGUCUUCCGCUUUUUCAUUGUUCGCGGGAAACUGAGCAUUUCUGAAUAAAACACCUACCCUGCAGGAGCUAUGACUCUUUUCCACCAUGUUAUUGAUCGAGGCGUUAUUAAAAAAAGAUGUAAUGGUCAGCGUGGGCUCUAUCCGCUGUCCUCUCUGCUGGACGGGUACCAGUGCGCGCGACGGGACGAACACAUCUCAUACGGAGCCUCGGCUACUGCUGUGCCGCCGUUUGGAUGCACAUUUUCCUCCGCUCCUGCUCAACAGAACAGCCUCGCUGCUGCAAACGAGGAAGGGUUUGUGACCAUCUUCAGUACUGGAGAAAAACAGAGCUCUGUGCUGAAAGAGUGGCAAGCACAUGAUAAUGCAGUGUUUGAUAUUGCCUGGGUUCCUGGUGCAAACAGCUUGGUAACUGCAUCUGGUGACCAAACGGCCCGUCUGUGGGAUGUUAUUACUGGUGAUCUGUUAGGAACAUUUAAAGGACAUCAGUGCAGUCUCAAAUCAGUGGGUUUUUCCAAGCAAGAGAAAGCUGUUUUUAGCACUGGAGGCAGAGAUGGGAACAUAAUGAUUUGGGACACAAGAUGCAGUAAAAAAGAUGGUUUCUACAGGCAGGUAAAACAGAUCAGUGGUGCCCACAUGAAACCUGAGAAAUACACGCCCCAAACGAAGAAACGGCGUGGGAUGGCGCCCCCUGUGGACUCCCAGCAGGGUGUGACGGUGGUUUUGUUCUGCGAUGAGAACAAACUCAUCUCCUCAGGAGCAGUAGAUGGGAUCAUUAAAAUGUGGGAUUUGCGGAAGAGCUACACUGCAUACUACCAGAACCCGCUCCCUCUGCAGGCCUAUCCUUACCCGGGCUCCUGCACACGCAAACUAGGUUACUCUGGUCUGUCACUGGACUCCACUGGCUCCAGACUGUUCUCCAACUGUACAGAUGACAAUAUCUACAUGUUCGACAUCAGUGGAUUGAAAACAACUCCAGUUGCUGUGUUCAGCGGUCACAGUAACUCCUCGUUUUAUGUGAAGUCCAGUGUCAGUCCAGAUGACCAGUUCCUGGCCAGUGGUUCAAGUGACCAUCAUGCUUAUAUAUGGAAGAUUUCAGACCCGAAACAAGCUCCCAUGAUGCUUCAAGGCCAUAGUCAGGAAGUCACAUCAGUGGCCUGGUGCCCCACUGAUUUCACCAAGAUUGCUUCCUGCUCUGAUGACAACACUGUUAGGAUCUGGCGCUUGAAUCGCAGACCAGACGGCGAAAACUCAUCGAACCGAGAUCCAAACCUCGUAGGCUGGACACUUCGUAAAAUCCAGUCACCACCCAGAGCACCUAGCCCUUACAGCCCUGUUGAAGUCACUCCAGCCAAAGGUCCUGGAUCCGAGAGGGUCAUCUCUCUGUCUUCACCCCAGCCUGCUGCUUGCGCCCCCACGGGUGCUGAUUUACCCCUGCCAUCAAACACAUCUGCACCUUCAGCCAAGGUCAGCAGCCCCAAAAUGCCCUCGUCCAUCCAGCAGUGGAUCAGCCGUGGUGUAUCUCCCCUUCGUAAGGUGCUCACACCUGUCCUCCAGGGCCCUUCCUCUGAACGCCGUGCAAAGCGACGACUGGAAACAGGUGAUGGGUCUGGUUUGGGAGAGGAGAGUGACGGGGUGUCUGAACUGUAUCCUGAUGUAAAGAGGAGCAGGAUUUCAGAAAGCACACAGAACGAGAAAGCUGAUCUGUUCAGUUUGCAAACAGAGGAGAGGCUCAGCUCGGCUGGACAAGCUGGCACUGGCAAAGAGAACAGCUCUCCGAGGACUGAUUGGCUUUCUGUGAUCAGCCAGAGAUUUAAAGGAUCAGCUCAACCAAAAAGCCCCAACGGCAGCAGCAAACGACACGAUGCAAGAACACCGAGCUCUCCAGCAGCAGUAUCACCAUGUCCAAUAAGAGUCGUCUCUCCACCACCAACCAAGAAAGCAUCACCAUCCAGACCCAUUAAAAAAAUCUCUUGCUAUUUUGUGAAAAGAAGCCAAGACUGAUCAGUGUGGCAAGAUCUCCGAGUCUGUCUCAUGACAUAUCUGUUUUUAAGUUCAGGUCUGUUUUUUUGAGACCAAGAUUAUGUAUUUAUGUAUGUGAUGUGUGAUGAUGUGUAUAUAAUCUUUUUUAUCCAUUUUUUUUUAAAUAUGUAUAAGUUUCAAAAAGGGUCAUAGUGAUGAUCGUUUUGGUAAAGUUACGAAACUUGUCAUUCGACAACGCAAUAAAACUCUACAAGUUU